GACCACCCUCCCUGUCCCCGAGGCUGGAAGGACUGCUGCACGGUAGAAAAGGCCCUCAGCCCAGGGCGGCUCGCAGAGCGGCCGGCACAGCGCCUGGAGGAGGAGAGGGCGCCCUGGUGGAAAAUCCUGAAGAUGGCCAAAGACAACUCCACUGUUCGCUGUUUCCAGGGCGUGCUGAUUUUUGGAAAUGUAAUUAUUGGUAUGUGUGGCAUCGCUCUGACCGCAGAGUGCAUCUUCUUUGUAUCUGAUCAACACAGCCUCUACCCGCUGCUUGAAGCCACCGACAAUGAUGACAUCUAUGGGGCAGCCUGGAUUGGCAUGUUUGUCGGCAUCUGCCUCUUCUGCCUGUCCGUUCUAGGCAUUGUAGGCAUCAUGAAGUCCAACAGGAAAAUUCUUCUGGCGUAUUUCAUUCUGAUGUUUAUCGUAUACGGCUUUGAAGUGGCAUCUUGUAUCACAGCAGCGACACAACGAGACUUUUUCACACGCAACCUCUUCUUGAAGCAGAUGCUGGAGAGGUACCAAAACAACAGCCCUCCAAACAAUGAUGACCAAUGGAAAAACAACGGAGUCACCAGAACCUGGGAUAGGCUCAUGCUCCAGGACAAUUGCUGCGGCGUCAAUGGUCCAUCAGACUGGCAGAAAUACACGUCGGCCUUCCGGACGGAGAAUAACGACGCUGACUAUCCCUGGCCUCGUCAGUGCUGUGUUAUGAGCAAUCUUAAAGAACCUCUCAACCUGGAGGCCUGCAAACUCGGAGUGCCUGGUUAUUAUCACAAUCAGGGCUGCUAUGAACUCAUCUCCGGACCAAUGAACCGACAUGCCUGGGGGGUUGCCUGGUUUGGAUUUGCCAUUCUCUGCUGGACUUUUUGGGUUCUCCUGGGUACCAUGUUCUACUGGAGCAGAAUUGAAUAUUAAGAAUGAAGUGUCCUCACUACACCACCUUCCCCCAGCGACUCUGGAUUUGGCGCUGGAACCACGCUGUCCUAAUAUUCCACAUUUGCGCUCCACGGGAACAUGUGCAAUCUUGCUCAAAUUACCCAGUCAGUCAGCAUGGACUUCCUUUAGGCUCAGGCUCCUGAAAUUCUCACCACUGGUGUUUUCGCCCUGGUCUAGGAUUCUGCAACAUUUUAUAGACUGUGGGAAGGGAAGAAUUUACAAAGUAGAGAAUGACUACUCCCAUCCCUGUUUAUUUUUAAUUUGGGAGCGUACAGACAUUCUAGAGGAACCCGUGUUCUCAGAGCAAGCCAAGUCUGUAUUUGGAAGCACAUCUGCCUGUACUUCUCACUGCUUUCAUUCCACUCAGUGUUGUCCCGGUGAGAGAAUUAAGGAAAAGGUGCUGAAAUACAUCUUUGCCUUUGUUCUGGUGGCUCCAUCCAGUGAGACUCAAGUGGUUCUCUUAACGCCACCUUGGGAUCCUUUAAUUCUCCAGGACAAUACCCAAUCUCAAGUUAACAAUGAUUGAAAUUUCCUCUCAGAUAAUGCAGAGUGAAAUGUCUUUAGUAACCUCAGUUCUCCCGUUAAUUAAAAGUGUGUGGACUUUUGGGGACAAAGUAGGGGCCUGUUAUAUAUUUACCAGUCUCAGCCUGAAACCCCUUUCAAACAGGGGAGGAGCAAACCAGCUAUUAGAUGGGUGAUUUAUGAUGAUUUUUGUUUAUUGUCAAAAUAUUUCUCUUCUGAGCUAUGUUUCCAUUUGUGGUUCUGAAGGAGGUUCUCAUAACUCAGCGUUUGUUUUCCUAGUCUUAUAAAUAAAGA